GGAGGAGUUUUGAGUUUAUUUGGGAGUUAUGAAAUAUACAGAAAAACGUCCGAGUCGCGGACGACCAUAUCGUGUGUAUUAUCUGUGAUUUUUUCAUCGAGGAAAUUACUAGCGACGGAGGGUUGAUCAUCACAUCGACGCCUACGUGCUGAUCCGAGGGGAUCAUUAUUUUUCGUUCGUGUAUUUUCAUACGCGGAUGAGAAUUAUUCUUGGAGAUUGCGAGAAGGAAUUGUUGAUCGAGCAUCGCCGUGAAAGAUCGGGCCAUCUACGCGCGCGAAUUAGCAUCUCGCUAGUUUGCGCCUCAUCAAGUGGUAUUCAGAGCUAAGGUUAGUCACGGCGAUUCAAUUUGCAAUAUCGUCUGCGGAGGCGAGCAUCAACAUGUUGAGCAGGAACAUAUUGAUGGAGGAGGAAGGCAUUGGUGAGGUCGUUCUUUUUCACACUCGUUGCGUUGUGAACGAACGGCGUGUCAAUCUGACAAUCGAUGAAAGUACUGCGGUCAAUAUGGUGAGCAUCGAGGUGGUGGAAAAAUUGGGGCUAAAGAUGACACCUCUUGAAAGACCUUACACGCUGAAGUGGUUCGAAGAUGUGUUCAGCGCAGACUGGAAAAACCGUUUGCUAAAAAGAAGAGAGCAACAAGAAGAAAGAAAAGAAGAAGUCGAUGCACCGACAGAGGGGCUGAAUCUUUUGGUACAGAAGGUACAAGAUGGUGAUGCAAAAGGCCAACGAUGGAGUGUUUUUAAAACACAAUGCAUGAUCAAGGAUCGUGCAUGCAAGAUGAUAAUUGAUGGCGGCAGCUUUACAGACGCAAUUAGUAAAGAUGUUGUGCAUGCAUUGGGUUUGUCCAUGUGGCGGCAUCCGCAACCGCACCACGUGGAGUGGCUAUACAAUUCCGGAAAAUUAAAGAUCACGCAUAAGGUGCGUGUGAAGUUCACAGUUGGAGAUUAUAUUGAUAUAGUGGACUGUGAUGUUGUGCCCAUGGAUUCGUGUCAGUUGUUAUUGGGAAGACCAUGGCAGUUUGAUCAUGAUGCAGUUCAUGCUGGAAGAUCCAACACAUACACGUUCCUACAUGAUGGAACGAAGCACGUACUGAAGCCAAUGCCAGAUUCUAUAGUAAGAACAGAAUUGCAAGCGCCGGACAAAUUGAUGGCACCGAAAAUAGACUCGAAACCGAGGACGGUUUCGUUUGAAGGGAGGGAGGAUGAUACGGGCGUGACACCGUCGAUUGUUGAUGCUACUAAAGCUGAGCCAGUUAAGGAGUCAGAUCAUGAAAAUGUUGUGAAAAAUAAUGCCAUGCAUGCUGCUCGAUUUCAUCGAGGAAACGAUGGUCAGGUGCGUCAAUUAUGCGGACCAAGAAUCAGUUCUUUAAUGGCCCGAUCAAAGACCAGUUGUACGACAUGCUUAUUGAAUUCAGGAGGUAUGUUUGGAAGGUCAGUGUAUGGUCGUGUACACACGGAGUCUAAAACUGUACAAGCAUGUUUGAUAACAGAAAGGGGCAAAGGAAAGUCACGUACAGAGAAGAUGGCAAGAGACUUUGUUCGGCCACAAUGCAAGAGAAUACAGGAGACUAAGAUGGAACCGGUGCUAGCUUCCGUGGAGCCUAAUUUUCGUACGCCUCCACGUCAAGUUGUUGUGAUAGGUAGAAAAUCCUAAUACAAAUUGGUUAGGGUUCUUAUUUUUGGUUUGUGUCAGCCGGCUAGCUGGCUAGCAUUGUACGUGAGUUUAUUUUCUUGUUAGACUUUGUUUUUUCUACUCAUUAGUUGGAGACGUGAGAGUCUUGGAGUCCAAGUUGGUAGAUAAGGGGAGUUGCACACGUUGGCAUAUAAAAGCCAGGCUACGGCCGAUGUAAGGGGAGGAGUUUUGAGUUUAUUUGGGAGUUAUGAAAUAUACAGAAAAACGUUCAAGUCGCGGACGACCAUAUCGUGUGUAUUAUCUUUGAUUUUUCCCAUUAAGGAAAUUACUAGCGACGGAGGAUUGAUCAUCACAUCGACGCCUACGUGCUGAUCCGAGGGAAUC